CUCCAGGGUGAGAGCAGCCAUGUCAGAGGAGGCCGUACGUCAGACACGCAGCCAGAAGCGGGCUCUGGAGAAAGACCCUACAAGUCCUCCCGAGCCCCUGGAGGACAUGGACAGUAAACGGGUGAAGCUGGAAAGCGAUGCGCCUGGGGCCCCGUUAGCCCUGUUGGGACCCGGAGCCGAGGGCGUCAAGCUGAAGAGUGAGCAGGCUGCCAGCAUCCUAAAGACUGGAGAAGUGAAGGCCACCAUCAAGGUGGAGGUGCAGACCGGAGACGAACCUGUAGACAUGAGUACAUCCAAAAGUGACAUUAAGAAAGAACGGCAGCCGCCUUCACCCGAUGACGUGAUCGUGUUGUCAGACAAUGAGCCAUCCAGCCCUCUGAUGAAUGGCCACUGCUUCACCAAGACCGACACAGACAAGCUGAUGAAGAGUUCCCCAGAAGAGAGGGAGCGGAUCAUAAAACAGCUCAAGGAGGAGCUCCGACUCCAAGAGGCCAAACUGGUGCUCCUCAAAAAGCUGCGACAGAGCCAGAUCCAGAAGGAGAGCACCGUUCAGAAGGCGAGCAGUUCUGUGGCGACUCCCCCCCCUCUGGUGAGAGGCAGCCUGACGUCUAGCAAAGGAGCCCUUCAGGUGACGGGCCGCAGCUCAGGCACGGUGAUCCCCCCUCCCCUGGUGCGGGGGGGGCAGCACGUCCCGUCCAAACACAACUCUCAGAUCGUCAUGCCGCCGCUGGUCCGAGGAGCGCAGGUUGGUGGACGCUGUAAUGUUGCCCCAGCUCUCACCCGGUGUGGGGCUCUUUCUGCCCGUCCUCCCGCCCGUUCCACGCCCCUCACCGGCCGUGUCUGCGCUUGCCCCCCCCAGCCCAUCUCGGUCACCCCGCAGCAGAUCGCCAGUUUGCGCCAGCAGCACAGCGGCUCAGGCCCGCCGCCACUCCUGCUGGCCCCUAGGGCUUCUGUGCCCAACGUCCAGGUCCAGGGCCAGAGGAUCAUUCAGCAGGGACUCAUUCGGGUGGCCAAUGUGGCCAAUAACAACGUCAUGGUCAACAUCCCCCAGGCCUCUCCAACUGGCCUAAAGGGCUCCUCAGCAUCCCCCAACUCCAAUAUCAACGAUUCUCCUGCCUGCCGACAGGCAGCUGCUAAACUAGCGCUGCGCAAACAGCUGGAGAAGACGCUGCUGGAGAUUCCUCCACCCAAGCCUCCUGCGCCCGAGUUUAACUUCCUGCCCUCUGCAGCCAAUAAUGAGUUCAUCUACCUGUUGGGUUUGGAGGAGGUGGUCCAGAAGCUUUUGGAGAUGCACGGCAGAGGAAGUCUGGGUCCAGCUGCUGCAAUGGCCAGCUCCCUCGCCAAAGAGCCAUACACCUGCGCCCAGUGCAAGACGGACUUCACGUCUCGCUGGAGAAAGGAGAAGGCGGGGAUAGUCCUCUGUGACCAGUGCAUGUCGUCCAAUCAAAAGAAGGCCCUGAAGGCCGAGCACACCAACCGCCUGAAGGCGGCCUUCGUCAAGGCGCUCCAACAGGAGCAGGAGAUAGAGCAGCGCAUCCUGCAGCAGGCCGCCUCCUCCUCCUCGGCCUCCCCCGGCUCCAAAACCCUGUCGUCGUCCCCCUCGCUGUCCAAGAGCGAGAUGCUGGUGUCCCAGCAGUACAAGCAGGUCCGCGCCGCCAUGCAGCACCGGCCCGUGUCUGCCCACCACAUCAAGCAGAGCCAGCUGCACGGCAUCCAGUCCCGGGGCAUGGCCCACUCCUUCAGCUCCUCCCAGCUGCAGAACGCAGUGGCGGCGUCCGCCAUGGGCAGGGCGGAUAAGCACGCCGCCGCACGCUCCCUGCAGCACGGGCCGAAGGUCAGCGCCGGCAGCAGCAGUAACCAGGGCAACGUGGUGGCCUGGAGGAAGCAGGGCGGCGGAAACGCAGGUGUGACUAUGGCCUACGUGAACCCCAGCCUGGCUGCUCAUAAGACCGCCUCCUCUGUGGAGCGUCAGCGGGAGUAUCUGCUGGACAUGAUUCCCUCCCGUUCUAUCUCCCAGGCCGCAAACACAUGGAAAUAAUGCAAUCUUCUUCCCAACUGACAUCCGAAUUAUUAGUCCCUUAAUAUCAAUAACAGCCAUUCUCAUUAUCAUUCUAAUCUUUUCUAUGGACUCUGCUUCCGGCCCGAACGGCCGCCGGGGAGAACGAGCAUCUUUUCUUCUCGUCGGAUAGGGGUGUUUUCCCACAUCUUAGGAUACCUUCUCCCUCAUUUGAAAGCUUUCCCAGUUGGAGUUGUGCUGUAGCAGCUUCAGGGACACAAGAAAUAUGUCAGAUGUAUUCUGGGUACUCUUUGGUGAGAGUUGGAGCUGCCACGGGCCUGUACCGUUUCACUCCUCCACAAAGCCCCCCCACCUUCCCCACCUCUCUCUCACUCUGUUUAUUGCCCGAGCACGCUUUUGCAGCCAGAGGAAGUUUUCCACCGAAUCCAUCGUGCUCCCCUGCCUCUGGAUCAGGCAAAAAGAAGUAAUAGUCAAUAAGAUACCGGCCUUACGUCCCGCCCCCUCCAGCGAGAGCCAGUCGGAGCCGGGCGUGCACGGCGCCCCCCCUGAACUCUACCGAGGACCUCACCGCAGGGAUUGUUGCUCUCUGAGGACCGCCCAUUAAGUAAGGACUGCUUCAGCUUUGCAAAGAUUAAUAAAAUGGAAAAAAAGGACUGUUUAAACAAAAAAAAAAAAAA